AUGUCUAUCGCUAUUGAAAAAAUAUCUCUUUAUCUUACUAUUGUUCUCUUAUGCGCAUUGUUCAUUGGUGCACAUGCGACAAAUGAUGCUGAUCACAGUAUUUCAUCAAAUGGUAAUCAAAAACUAUCGUACGCUUUUCAUGUUAUGGCUAAAAGACGAUUUUUACCAACACGAAGUGAAUCGUAUCAAUACAUCAAUGAUGAUGUGAAUGACUCAAAUGAUGAAGAUCGAAGUCAUCUCAAUGCUAAACGAUAUUUUUUAAAAUCGAAACGUUACUUUCUCAACAGUAAACGUUUUGCUAAAAACGAAUACGAAUAA